AUGUCCGUCGCGAUGCCCCAACACCAAUACUCAUAUCCUCCGCCUUUGCCAGGUCAGAGGCACUUCCCGGCUAGCCAGCAUGGCAUGAGUAGUGCCUUUAGCAGUUCGGCAAACCCAGAUGAGGACUGGACAAAAAUAUCCGAUCUUGCUGAAAGGAGAAGAAUUCAAAAUCGAAUUGCCCAGCGCAAUUACCGAAAAAAGCUAAAGCAACGACUGGAGGACCUUGAAAGACGGGCCAGUGACGAGAGCCCUGGUGCGGGAAAGCACGGCUCGACGACGAGUGUGGGGAAACCUCAGAAACGCCAGCAGCCUGCUCCUGCAAAGAACCAAAGAUCGUCAAGAGCCUCUCAACAAAGCCAACAAAAGCCCACCAGUCGGCAUGACGAUUAUCGUGUCCUGCCUGUAUGGGACGGGCGCGCCAGGUCUAAUACACCACCCCUUUACCCCAGCUCGCCCUACACGCCUUGCAAUGAGCCAGUUAUGACUGCUUUUGUGCCAAUUCAAUCCUACACGGCCAACACCGUAGACGCCUAUCCAGACUAUCUUUCCGGGACCCCAUCAACCACUCUCCCAUCCAUGCCACACGUUGGCGAUGACGCAAAACGUGACUUUUAUACCCCGGAUGAUUCGUUUUCUGCCUACAGCAGUUAUGGCUUCAUCCCAGCCAUAGACAUCAACACUACACUUCAUUACGACAGCCCAGACCCCACCACUGACCCAUUCGUUUGA